AUGGAGAGCCAAGACAUUGCAUCAGCACAAAUGGCAUUGGAGAUGCUUUAUAAAUAGUAAAUACUGGAAUAGGAACCCAUAUUUGAGUCAGACUCAAUGUAAUUUAUCAAUCAAAGUGGAUUUUAAUACAAUCAGCAGAAUAAUUUCGACAUCCACAACUCCAAAAUUUACAACAGUAUUCUGAUAGAUCAUAAGUACUUCACAAUAUCAGAAACUCUCUCUAAUUAUUACGGUAAGUAUGUGCGAAAAAUACCGAAAGUUCCAUUUAAAGUUCUUGAUGCACCACAACUUUAAGAUGAUUUUUAUUUGAAUCUGAUUGAUUGGAGCAACUAGAAUUCCUUAUCAGUUGCAUUGAAUUCUUGCGUAUAUUUAUGGAAUGCAUAAUCUUCGAAAGUUACAAAAUUGUUGGAUCUCCAUAAUGAUUCAGUUACAAGUGUGGCAUGGUCACUUAGAGGACCGCAUUUGGCUGUUGGAACCAAGACAGGAGAAGUCUAAAUUUGGGAUGCUAUUAAAUUAUAGAGAGUUCGCACUUACAAGGGACACAUUGCAAGAGUAGGGACAUUGUGCUUUUCAGAUAAUGUGCUGAGUAGUGGCUCAAGAGAUAAACUAAUAUUGUAGAGAGAUUUGCGAUUAAAGGGAAAUUACUUUCUGAAACAGUCAGCCCACAAAUAAGAAGUUUGUGGUUUGAAAUGGUCACCUGAUGGGUAGAUGCUAGCCUCAGGAGGUAAUGAUAAUAAACUGUAUCUUUGGUCUUCACAUAAACAGGAUAAACCCAUAUUUAGAUUGUCUGAACAUUAGGCUGCAGUAAAAGCGAUUGCAUGGAGUCCACAUCAACAUGGAUUGUUGGCAAGUGGGGGAGGCACUGCAGAUAAGACAAUUAGAUUCUGGAAUGCUCUUGAAGGAAAAUCGUUACAAAAAGAAGACACUGGUAGUCAAGUCUGCAAUCUCAUGUUUAGCAAAAUUGAAAAUGAACUUAUAUCGACUCAUGGAUAUAGUCAAAACUAAAUAGUUCUUUGGAGAUGUAGCAAUAUGAAAAGGAUCUCUACAUUGGUUGGACACACAUGCAGAGUACUUUAUCUAGCAAUGUCACCUGAUGGAUCAACCAUUGUUACUGGAGCAGGAGAUGAAACCUUACGCUUUUGGAAUUUAUACCCUCAAACCAAUUAAGAUUAAAAAUAGCCUAAUGGGUCUUUGCUUAUUCCAACUAUUCGAUGA